AUGGCAGGCCGUCACGCGCUGGUGGCCGCCAGCCUCCUAGGCGUGGCGGCAGGCAUCGCUACGGUGACUGUGAAGGACACAGGAAGCAGGUCAAUUGUCAAGGAUGUGGACGGCAACGUUACGCACAGCCUGAUAAUUUGCAACGCCUACGCCAACCCGAAGGCCCUGGAGGUGUACUCGCUCACCAAGCAGAUGAAGCUGACCGUGGAGCCCCUGGCGUACAAGGGGUGCCGCGAGAUGUCGCUCGAUCUGGAGGAGGGCGAGCGCCUAGACUUCAAGGCUGGCGGCCUCAGCGUCGGCACUUUCCACUGUACGGGCCUGCCGAGGACGUCCGCGAAGCUGCUGUUGGUCCCGCACCGCCACAGCAUCAGCGCCCUGGCGGCGUCCUUCGCCUCGCACGCCUACUCGGAUUCGCCUGGCUCCGCGCAGCUUGCGGUGGUCGACGCGUACUCCGGCAGCGCGGCGGGCGGCGUGCAGAUCCACCAGGGCAGGAAGAGGAGCAAGGGCGGCGAGGAGGUGCUCAAGCCGGGCACGGUCGUGGCGCUCACCUCCGGCGAGUACCAGGUCGAAUUGGCGGACGGUGAGGACAAGGCGCUCAUCACUGUGCCAGUCACCGUUGGCGCUGAGACCAAGCACGUGGCCUUGCGAGUCGGCGUGGAGGGCAGCUACUCCCAGGAACUGGUCGUGUUUCCGAAUGCGAAGGCGGCCAUCAUCCACAGUGGUUCGACCAGG